AUGGACGAAAAACUAAGCGAAACCAAAGAAGAGGAACCCGAGAAGAAUAGAAAAUGGCAUGGCAUAUUUGGGGUAGGAUACAAGUUACUACAAGUAUAUUUAUUUUUAUUUGUAUUUUUCAUAUCAAUAUGUGCAUUUUAUUGGGGAACUUAUUUCCAUAGAUUUGGUCGAUUCAAGAACCUUGAGUUAUUGGUUGUAUCCGACGAUAUAUCAUUUACCACGAGUAAUGGGACUGAAGUGAGGCCCUUGAUAUAUGAUUCGUUAAGAGAUAUGUUUACAAAUAAUGAAACCAUAAACAGGCUUGGUGAUUGGAGAUACAUGAGUACUUCUGAAAUAAGUGAGCUAGCAUCAAAACAUAAUAGUUCUAAUUAUGACGAAGUUGUCAGACAGGUACAUCAUCAAAAAUAUUGGGCUGCGUUUUACAUUGCACCAAAUAGCACCCAAUUAAUUUAUGAGAGUAUGGUUAAUCAAAAUGUAUCAUUGAUUGAAUCACAGGCAAUUGACCAAUUAAUCACCUGUGUUUAUGAAAGUGGACGUCAUUAUUCUGCAUUGAGUCAAUAUGUUACAAAAAAUUUAUAUUUAAUCCUGGAUACUUGGACAAGUUAUUAUGGAGGAUCGAAAGUUUAUAAUCCACUAGUCAGUGAAAUUCUUACUAGAGAUGAGAGGUCAGAUUUAAUGCAAAGUGAAAAUGGUACCACUAUAAUCAAUGAUAAGCCAAUGAUGCGACUUUUUGAUAAUAGGCCAUCAAGUUCACCUUCAAUAUUAGGGCCAUCAGAAUUAGGUUUAAUUUAUGCACAAAUGUUUUCAUUUCAUCAAUUUAAUCUAAGUGUUGAAGUCUACAGUUUUUUAAGGAAAAAUUUAAAGUAUAAACAUUUUGUUAUUUGGAGAAUUAUAGCAGCCAAUGUCAAUUGUUUUAUACUUGCAUUGAUUUAUUCAUUAAUUACGAUUGCAUUUAGAACUCCAAUUGAUGUGGCAUUUGGCAAAGCAGGAUUUUUAGUACUUUGGAUGUUUAUGUAUUUAUUUAUUGUUGCUAGUGCUUCGAUAAAUGAAUUAGUUGGUACAAUAAUUAUGUUUUCAGGACAGAAGCAAUGGAUACCAGUAUGGUUAGUUUCAUAUUUGAUAUUUAAUAUAUCGGUUACAUUUUCACCAUUAGAAUUAUCACCAAGAUUUUAUCGAUAUGGAUAUGUUAUGCCAAUGUUUAAUGGAUAUGAAGCAUUGAAGGUUGUAUUCUUCAAUACAUGGAAAGGACAUCUAGGUAGAAAUAUAGGAAUUUUAAUUAUUUGGAUUGUGGUUAUGUCAAUACUGAUGAGUAUAAUUGCAGUUUAUGUUGAUAAAAAGGUUAAAAAGGCAAGCCAAAAAACUAAAUAG